AUGCAUUCUCUGUUUUUCCACAACGCAAACUCUGUCAACUUAACUUCUUCACUUCUUUUCCCAAAUAAUCACAAACUCUGCUCAAAACCCCAUUUCCAAUCCUCCAUCAAAAUCAAUACACCAAUCCCUAAACACGUCCCUAACAAAAAGGUUAUAAUCCUCUGGGACCUCGACAACAAACCUCCACGUGGACCUCCAUACGACGCCGCACUCUCUCUCAAAACCCUCGUCGAACGCUUCGGCGACGUCGUUUCAAUCUCCGCUUACACAAAACGACACUCCUUCUUCAAUCUCCCUCAAUGGAAUACCAACCAAAACCCUAACCCUAAUUCGAUUCCCUGUCGUGUCUGCGGUCACGAAUGUAAAUCAAUUUUCGAUCUCAAAAUUCAUUUCAAGAGAGUUCAUCUGUACCAGCGUAAGAAGUUAAGGGAAAAAUUGAAAUCCAUUAAGUUGAGCCGGUCGAAGGUCUGGUUCGUUCGGAGAAUCCAUACUUAUAAUGAAGCUGCGGGGAAUGUUGUUGCACCUAGGGUUGGAUUUGGUUUGGGUUCGGAGUUACAGCGCACAGGGGUUUUCGUUAAAGUUGUGAAGGUCGGUGAGAAGGGGAAUGCGGCGGAUUUGUGGUUGGAGAGGGAGAUGAUGAGUGGAGAGGUUGGUUGGUUGGUUAUGGUUUCGGAUGAUCGGGAAUUUGCAGAGAUGUUGAGGAAGGUUAGGGAGGUCAAUUUGAAGACUGUUGUUGUUGGAGAUUAUUGGGAUAGGAAUUUGGGGAAGAAUGCUGAUUUGUGGCUUCCUUGGAAUGUUGUUGAGAAUGGAAAGCUUGAGGGAAUGGGUUUAAUGGGAAGAACAGAGGGUUCAGAUGAUGAAGUGGAAGGAGAUCAGGAUUUGGACUAUGGUGAAUAUGUAACAGAGGAAGAACUAUAUGAAAGGAUGGAAAAAGAUGUUAUGAACUUUAGUAUUGUUUCAAUGAUGAUGUUCAAUGUUUUACAGUUUAAUUUAAGAGAUACUAUUGGAUAA